AUGAAGCAUGUGGAUGUGAAGCUCAAGUUUUUACGUGAUUACGCCAAGAAGCAGACGGCCAAGCCAAUUUUUGAAAGUACGAAGACGAUGGUCGCAGAUUUACUGACGAAGGUGCUGCCUGAUGCAGGGAUUCAAGAAUUGCGUUUGCUAAUUGGACUGAAGUGA